UUUCAAGCAAAAAUGAUUGCUAUGGAGGAAGAAAAGGGAAAACACCUGCUUGCUGUGGAAUCAAAAGAAAGAGAAGUGGAAGGGCUGAAAGAAACAUUUAAAAACUUGCAGAUUUCAAAAUAUACGUUGCAAAAGAAGCUUAAUGAAAUGGAGCACAAGAUGCAAUUGUAUAAUUCAUCAAAGGGCGAUUAUCAGAAAAGACUGAAUGAAUUUGAAAAAUGCCAUGCAGUUAUAAUGAAUCAAUUUGAAUUAAUAAAAGGUGCUCAUGGGAAAUUAGAGAAAAAUGUUGUGGAAGCAAUUCAGUUCAAUAAGAACUUGUCAGCAAUUAAUACAACACAAGAGUCUGAGAUAAAUAACCUAAAAAAGGAACUAAGGAAAGUUACAUCAGAUGCGAUAAAAUCCAAGGUUACCUGUCAAUAUAAAGAGAAAGAAGAUUUCUAUCUAAAAGCAAAGGAACUGGAGCUACAAAUACUACAGCAAAAAAAUUCAGUGGAAGUAGAUUUAAAUGGAAAAAUCACAGAAGAAAUUGCAAGACUUAAAGAAGAGAAACAGGAGAUUAUAGCUUCCCUACAACAUAUGCAGCAACUGCUCUGCAGACAGACUGAAAGAAAUAACAGAAUUGAGGUGGAAUUGAAUAAACUAAAAGAAGAGUAUCAGACCCUUGGAAGAGAUAAUGAGAUGCAAAGGGAGAAUGCAAAAGAAAAUGAACAAAAGUUAGCUAGUCUUCUGAAUGAAUAUAAGAAAGUACAAGCAACUUGGAAAAAUGAGGUAGAAAACAUGUCUAAUGAAAAUAAAGAACAAAAAGAUGAUAAGUGUACACAAACUACAAUGGAAUUUUUUAAGCAAUAUGAACAAAAAGAAAAUGGAAGAAACAAUAAUCUGGAGAUAGACAGUGGUAUAAAAAUAGGAAAAAAGCAUUCAGAAUAUUUUGAAGAAUUGGAACAUUCUAUUGAUUAUUUGGGUGCUGGUGUUGCAAAUGACUGCAUUUCUGAGAGUACUGAAAAUAUUAACAAUGCAAUCAAUGAGGAAGAUUACUUGACAAAUAAAGGAAUCUGUGAGAAGCCUAAAGAACAAAUUAAAAUUAAUUGUGAGAAAACUGCAAAUAACAAUCUGAAAUAUGAAAUGGAUUCUGUAUUGUUACCACCGAUCAACACAAGUGACUUGGAUAAGUACAAUACUAGUAAUGCAGAAAAAACAACACCAAAACUUCAUAUAUCUUCCAGUCAGAAUAUAGGUAUAAAUAUUCAUAUUGAUGAAAACAUUAAUAAUCUACUUCUAAGAAGAGCUUUAAAUAUUAAAAAUUCAGCUAGUGGUGUACAUGAAAUGCCUAGCAAACACUUUGAUAAAUACAGUUCCGAAUUGAAAGAAGUAGAUACAAAGGUUUUGCUCCAGCACUCUCAAGCUCUACAUGAAUCUGAAAAUGGAGACAUGAAAAUUAAUGAAGUUGCCAAAGAUAAACAGAUAAAUGUCCAUGCUUCCAAAGACAACAGUGAGCAAUUUACUGAAUUUUUUAAUAAAGAAAAAGAAAAAUCAUUGAAUACAAUAAUUAGGAAAAUAACUCUGGAAGAAAGCACAAAAAAAUCCUGUUCUAUCCUCAUGAAGACAACAGAAAAUUUAAUAAACAGAAAUGGAAGGCUAUCCUUUGACCUUCCAGUUAUGGAUGGAAAAACUGAAUAUUUAGAUUUAUCAAGAAAAUGUCAAGAUGAAGUUCAAAUAAUGCCUCUCUCUUUGAAGGAAAGACCUCUCUCCCAAGAAAUAAAAAAUGCUCAGAGCUCAAGAAUUGAUAAGAUUAUAAACAUGCAUAGUGAUGUAAGGCAAGAAACACCAGUUUCCGCUUGCAGUAGUAGAAAUGCUGACUCUUUAAAUACCGGAACUAUUAAUCCAAUUCCCAAGAGAAAUCCCAGUGCAGAAUGGAAUGCAAUAGCAAACAAUUUUUAUGAUCCUUCUUUUCCCACAGAACACGCCACGACAGAGAUUCUAUCACAGCCGCAAAUGAAGUCAAUACAGCUUCUGCUCAGUACAGCUACUUUAAAAGAGAGCUUAGACAGCACUGAAGAUGGGAAUUCACAAAAUGUCUUCAUGAACACCCAAAUCAGUAAAACUGAAAAGUUAUUGUAUUUAGAAAAGCUCAGCCAGUCCAGAAAAAGAAAGUAUGAAUAUUUGGAAAAAGCAGUGAUAUCAGGAAAAAUGGAAAUGUAAUUGUUUCUAAAUGCAUGUCCUUGACUUGUCUCAUGCUUGUUACAUUCAGUGCUUAAAAUAACAUCUUGUGAAGUGAGAAAAGUUGAACUGUUCUGGUAAUCUCAAAAAUCCUUGAUUUCUCUCCAUUCCCCAAGCAGAGAUUGAUUAUUGGGGUGGGGGGAUAUGUAUACAUAUACUUUUCUUUCUCACUGCUAAUCAUUAGAGGGAAAUAAGUGCAAACAAUAUGAGGGUACUAAAAGUAAAUCAGUUCUCAAGCUAAUCUGAAUUUUCAUGGUCCAAAAUCCUAACACAGUAUCUUUGUGGAGUUUUCCAAACUUAGAAAUAACCUUUAGAUACUAUAGAUUAUUAUUUUAGAAAAAAAUAGUUAUUGAAAUAAGAGAAAAUACUUGUAGCUCAGUUUCAAAUUUUGGCAGUUGUUUGCUGUUCGAGCUUGUUUCCAUUUACUUUUUAAACUUGUUUCCAUUUAGUUCUGUUAUCAGACUAGGUAACGUCGUCAGCGCAUUUAUUUAUUAAGUCAGCUUGCUACUUUUUUUGUUUCUCAUUUUACAUCACAGAAAGUAUUAUUAAGAUUAUAAAAAUGGAAU